AUGCACAACAAUAUCUUUUACUGCAACAACAACAACAACAACAGCAAAGAGAACAGCAGCAACAGCAGCAGUUGCAGGUGCUUAAUUUGACUGAAAAAGUGGAAACUUUGGUCCAAAAACUCGCAAUUUUGACCUAAAAACUGGAAAUUUCAGCCCAAAACUGGGAAUUUUAGCUUAAAAACUGGAAAUUUUAGCCCAAAAACUGGAAAUUUUACCCCAAAAAUUGGAAAUUUUGACCCAAAAACUAGAAAUUUUAGUCCAAAAACUGGAAAUUUUGACCUAAAAACUGGGAAUUUUGACCCAAAAAUUGGAAAUUUUAGCCUAAAAACUGGAAAUUUUAACCCAAAAAUUGGAAAUUUUAACCCAAAAACUAGAAUUUUUAGCCCAAAAACUGGAAAUUUUAACCCAAAAAUUGGAAAUUUUAACCCAAAAACUAGAAUUUUUAGCCCAAAAACUGGAAAUUUUAACCCAAAAACUAGAAUUUUUAGCCCAAAAACUGGAAAUUUUACCCCAAAAAUUGGAAAUUUUGACCCAAAAACUAGAAAUUUUAGUCCAAAAACUGGAAAUUUUGACCUAAAAACUGGGAAUUUUGACCCAAAAAUUGGAAAUUUUAGCCUAAAAACUGGAAAUUUUAACCCAAAAAUUGGAAAUUUUAACCCAAAAACUAGAAUUUUUAGCCCAAAAACUGGAAAUUUUAACCCAAAAAUUGGAAAUUUUAACCCAAAAACUAGAAUUUUUAGCCCAAAAACUGGAAAUUUUAACCCAAAAACUAGAAUUUUUAGCCCAAAAACUGGAAAUUUUAACCCAAAAACUGGAAAUUUUAGCCCAAAAAUUGGAAAUUUUGACCCAAAAAUUGGAAAUUUUAACCCAAAAAUUGGAAAUUUUGACCUAAAAACUAGAAAUUUUAGCUCAAAAAUUGGAAAUUUUAACCCAAAAACUGGAAAUUUUAACCCAAAAAUUGGAAAUUUUGACCUAAAAACUAGAAAUUUUAGCUCAAAAAUUGGAAAUUUUAACCCAAAAACUGGAAAUUUUAACCCAAAAAUUGGAAAUUUUAACCCAAAAACUGGAAAUUUUAGCCCAAAAAUUGGAAAUUUUGACCCAAAAAUUGGAAAUUUUGACCUAAAAACUAGAAAUUUUAGCUCAAAAAUUGGAAAUUUUAACCCAAAAAUUGGAAAUUUUAACCCAAAAAUUGGAAAUUUUAACCCAAAAACUAGAAUUUUUAGCCCAAAAACUGGAAAUUUUAACCCAAAAACUAGAAUUUUUAGCCCAAAAACUGGAAAUUUUACCCCAAAAACUUGAAAUUUUAGUCCAAAAACUGGAAAUUUUGACCCAAAAAUUGGAAAUUUUAGCCUAAAAACUGGAAAUUUUGACCCAAAAAUUGGAAAUUUUAGCCUAAAAACUGGAAAUUUUAACCCAAAAAUUGGAAAUUUUAACCCAAAAAGUGGAAAUUUUAGCCCAAAAAUUGGAAAUUUUAACCCAAAAAUUGGAAAUUUUAACCCAAAAAUUGGAAAUUUUGACCUAAAAACUAGAAAUUUUAGCUCAAAAAUUGGAAAUUUUAACCCAAAAACUAGAAUUUUUAGCCCAAAAACUGGAAAUUUUAGCCCAAAAAUUGGAAAUUUUGACCCAAAAACUGGAAAUUUUAGCCCAAAAACUAGAAUUUUUAGCCCAAAAACUGGAAAUUUUAUCCCAAAAAUUGGAAAUUUCAACCCAAAAACUGGGAAUUUUGGCCCGAAAACCAUAAAAUUUUGA